CCAACAACCAAUCCUCUCCGGUACCGCACAAUCCCCAUCGUUUUCGGAAGUCUCACCCUCUUCGCCUUCUCCUGCUACACGUCCUAUCUCUACAUCUCGUUCUCGCGGUCCGCCGGCACGCCCAGCACGCCCAGCAGCAGUAGUCCCAGCUCGCAACCCGACGUAUCAGCCCGCUACGACAGUAUCGCGCGCACCUUCGACACAUCGGUCGAUUCGACAGAGCGCGUGCUUCGGAUCGCGGCUCUGCGUCGGAAACUGGCGGCGAGGGCCCAGGGCGACGUGCUCGAAGUGUCGAUUGGGACGGGCAGGAAUCUGGAAUAUUAUGAGUGGGAUGACGAUGAUCACAACAAUAACAAGAAGAAGAAGCCGGGGAAGGCGGGUGAAAAGGGGAAGGGGAAAGUAAAGAGCUUAACAGCUCUGGAUAAGAGUGCAGAGAUGUUAGACGUCGCUCGAGCGAAGCUAGAAACGCUGGGAGGACGCGCAGAGAAGAAGAACAUCCGCUGGAUAGUCACAGACGCGAGUCUUCCCCCCCUCCCAGCCGCACCCAACGCCACUCAAAAAUACGACACGAUAAUCCAAACCAUGGGACUCUGCAGCGUAUCGGAUCCGGUGCAACUCCUCCGAAACCUCGGCUCCAGUAUCAAAGAAGAAGAAGGCCGUAUCCUGCUCCUCGAGCACGGCCGCGGGAAUUGGAAAUGGCUUAAUAAUCUCCUGGAUCGCUUUGCGGAAGAUCAUGCGAGGGAGUUUGGAUGUUGGUGGAAUCGGGAUUUGAAGGGGAUUGUGAGGGAGAGUGGGCUGGAUGUCGUGGAUAUGUAUUCCGUGUGGUGGCAUGGGGGAACGACGUGGUGGGUGGAGUUGAAGAAGUCGAGAGCAGCGGAGCAUGAUGUGGCUUGA